AUGGUGAGAAAAUACAAACAUCUGUACGACGCGACGCUCAGUGACAAAAUGGCAAGGAAUUUACGCAGGGACAUCGCCAACAUGGUUCAGGCUCAGAUGAAUAUCAUUCUAGAAAAAUUUCCAGAUGAACUCAAAACCCUUGAGCAAGCUGGAGAUCAUGUCAUCUCUCCCCAUAGAGUACAGGUUCAUCAAAUACCUGAGAGAGGAGCAUUUGGCCAAGUGGUCCAGUGUCGGAUCAAGGACACUUUACAGGACGUGGCUGUCAAACUGCCGUUGUUUCAGCAGGACACCAAGGACGAGAUUUCCAUCCUCACUCGACUGAUGGAGGAAGGAUGUGACCAGAGAAACAUCGUCACAUUUUUGGAGGCGUUUGACACUCGUUUGGGGAAAGUCAUGAUCUUUGAAGCGCUGGACAUGUCUCUGUACGAUUACCACAGAACAAACGCCCCACUGCGCCUCUCUGAUGUCCGCACCAUCACCAAACAGGUGGCCACAGCCUUGGAUGCGCUCAAAGAGAUGUCCAUAAUCCACGCGGACAUUAAACAGGGAAAUGUGAUGGUGGUGGAUCACAGACAGAGGCCCCCGCAGGUCAAACUCAUCGACUUCGGUUUGGCCAGGCCCGCAAAGGAGGCCAAACUGGGCAGGAGGAUCCACCACGUGUGCCACAGUAGACCCCCUGAAAUCAUUCUGGGUUUGCCUUGGAACGAGGCCGUGGACGUGUGGUCCCUGGGGACCAUGUUUGCCGACCUGUGGUUAGGAAUUAAAUGA